ACUACACUGGCACACAUCAUAGCCAACAGUAGCAAAAGGAACGGCACGAGGUUUGUGACACUGUCGGCCACAAGUGCCAAGACAAAUGAUGUUCGAGAUGUCAUCAGCCAAGCCCAGAAUGAAAAAAGACUCUUCAAGAGAAAAACUAUCCUUUUUAUUGACGAGAUCCAUCGUUUCAAUAAAUCUCAGCAGGACACUUUCCUUCCUCACGUCGAGUGUGGGACAGUGACCCUGAUAGGAGCGACCACAGAAAACCCUUCCUUCCAAGUCAAUGCCGCUCUUCUGAGCCGAUGCCGGGUUAUCGUCCUGGAGAAGCUUUCUGUUGAAGCAAUGGAGGCAAUUCUGAUGCGGGCCGUCAGGUCCUUAGGGGUCCAGGUUUUGGGCCAGGGUGACCAGCACGGCAGCUCUGCGACUGGCAGCAGCAGCGAGAGCUCAGAAUGCCCAGUGUACAUAGAGGAGAAAGCUCUAAAUACCCUAGCCUACCUUUGCGACGGUGAUGCAAGGACUGGACUGAAUGGACUCCAGUUAGCAGUUCAGGCCAGAUUAGCAGUGGGGAAGACCACUCCUCUGACUUUUACCAAAGGUGGUUCUGCAGAUGGGAUUCUGAUAACAGAAGAGCAUGUAAAGGAAGGGCUACAGCGAUCUCACAUCCUGUAUGACCGAGCAGGAGAAGAACAUUACAAUUGCAUCUCUGCCCUGCAUAAGUCUAUGAGAGGCUCAGAUGAGAAUGCUUCACUUUACUGGCUUGCUCGAAUGCUUGAAGGUGGUGAGGAUCCGCUGUAUGUGGCAAGGAGGCUGGUGAGGUUUGCAAGUGAGGAUAUAGGGCUGGCAGAUCCGCUGGCUUUAACACAAGCAGUUGCUGCUUAUCAAGGUUGUCACUUUAUUGGAAUGCCAGAAUGUGAGGUCAUUCUAGCACAAUGUGUAGUGUAUUUUGCCAGAGCACCAAAGUCUAUAGAGGUAUACAGGGCAUAUGGCAAUGUCAAAGAAUGUCUGCGAAUGCACACGGGACCUCUGCCGCCUGUUCCGCUGCACCUGAGAAAUGCCCCAACGAGGCUCAUGAAGAACUUGGGCUAUGGUAAAGGCUAUAAAUAUAACCCCAUGUACAAGGAACCUGUAGAGCAGGACUAUCUGCCAGAAGAGUUGAAGGGAACAGACUUCUUCAAGGAACGAGAAACGUGACGGCCUUGCUCGGAAUGCGUUUUGAUUUUGUGACUCAAACAUUUGUACUGGGAUGGAAAUUCCCCUCAUAGUUCCAGCCAUCUGUUACUGUCGUUGGAAGUAUUAAGCCAC